AUGGCUCUCAAGCGAUCACUAACUGCGGUUCUAGCAUGUGCAAUCGCCGUCUGCGCCCAGCUCGAGGGCCUCACCGAGUUGACGCCCUCUUUCCUCCCUCUCCAAGAAGAUGCCGGCACGACAUCGCUCUUCCCUAUGCCGCCUUGCGGUAACUUUGACCUCGUUGAAGCUACCAUCGACGACAUUCAAGCUGCCAUGGCAAACGGCACCUUGACCUCGACCCAACUCGUCAUCUGCUGCCUGCAGCGGACCUACCAGACCCAGGACUACCUGCGCUCCAUCGCCCAGGUAAAUCCAGACGUCUUUGCCAUUGCUGCAGCCCUCGAUGCCGAGCGCGCCACGGGUUCUGUUCAUCCUCAUGGGUAG